UGUGGAUAUUUAUGAGACGGCCAUGAACGAAUGGACGUCCGAAGCAGCUGCUACAACAGCUAUAUCUGAAGCCUUUUGGUGAAGACGUCAAUUGUUUUGAUCAGUGCCUAGAUAAGCAGUACAGAUGUGAAUGCUGGAUGCGGAGAUCGAAGUGGCGUGCAUGACUGGAGAUGAGGACUUUUCUAGGCCUCCUGCCCGUCGUGUUCGCCGUAGCCCUUCCCUAUGAGCUUCCAGACAAAAUCCACACGCCUCUAUUCAGGACCGGCAAUACCGUUGCCAAUCAAAGACCAUGCAGUGAAGACGAAUUCAAGAGACACUCGGACCAAUGUGGAGUGGACUUCAGAUAUACUACACUGAUCAUUACACAGGGUCACGAGAAGACCGGCAUAAUAUGCACAGCCUUGAACGAAUACAAGCGCUGUAUAUCACUGGCGAUGCGAAUGACAGAUUGUCGAGAAAGAGGAAUUUUGCAGAACGCAACCCUACCAGUUCAACGAUAUAUUGAUGCCAAUCAUAUCACUUGUGCACAUCGACCCACAGGUCAUUUUCUGUACAGCAACGGUAGCCAGGUGAACCGACGAUUCCGGCCUAGCGUGUGCAACCGUAAGAACGUUUGGAAGAGUCAGUUCCAAUGCGCGAAGCAACUGCAGAGUGACACCGCAAAGGUCCGACGGGUCAAGAACAUCACUGCACAAGGAAUAUGCAGGGCACUCUCCGCGUACAACAGCUGCCUCAAUUCAGCCGUAGAGGAAGAGCGCUGUGAACGUGACGCGGAGCUUCUAGAGCACCUCGAGUACUUUGCUAGAGUGCUUUCAAGGCCUUAUCGUGACACGUGUUCACAUCGGUUCACAGCAACAAAGUCUCCUAAGAUGCUUCGGCAAAAAGUUGACGUGCAGUUCCAGGAUGGCAACCAGGAAUGCGACGUCGAGAAGGCAACCAAAGAGUUCUUUGCUUGCGGCCUCAUCUUCAGCGAAAUAGUCAGCCAGAAUCCAGGGAGAGAAAAGACAUGCACUGCAUACGCCGACUUCCGCGUUUGCCCUGAACGGCUCAACUGCAACACCUCAACCGCCUUCUACCAGCACUCGUAUCAUGCCGCCAGCGUUCUCCUGAAGGACUACGACAGCUACUGCAGGAAUUUCACCCCGUCCCAGACGCUACCGUCUGAUGUACCUGGACCACCGGUGCCAACCCCUCCUGGACCCUGCUCUUGCAACAGGAACGUGUAUAUGGAAAAAUACUUCGUUUGUGGUCUAAUGUACAUUUUCAACAUUCGGGACGCUAUUUACAGCAAGAACCCUUCUUUCCAACAACAAGCGUGCGAUAUUAUUGCUUCGUACGACACUUGCCUGGAUAACGGUAGGCGAACAGCAUGUUGCGGUGGAGGCGAGUUUGAUGUGCAAGCUGCGCUGGACUACAUGAUCAACGUGCUGAAAAAAGCUCCCGGAGGAAAUUGUAGGAAGUUCAAGCAGAAAACGUCCAACUUCCGCUUUAGCGGCACGCUGCAGCAUUGUGAUAUCCGUGAGUACGCCGGUAGCUACUUCACAUGUGGCACAACCUUCGUCAGGAAUAUAAUGCCCAAUCCCAGUGUUGACGAGCAGUGCAGAUUCUACAAAGAUUUCUUGCACUGCAAAGACCUUCUGGUUAUUUGUCGAACUCAGAGUGACAUCAAACCUUCAUUGGACUAUUUUACUAGCGUUCUCACGGAAGGAUUUCAACAAAUGUGUCAAGCUUAUAAGCCCAGCGAUACGUGCGAGAAGCUGGUCUUACUGAAGAAAUACUUUGAAUGUGGCGUAACUUACUAUCAAUCCAAGAACGAGUUUUCGGCCAUCUAUGCAAAUAAUCCUGCGCAGUUGUGCAGGCUCAGUGCCGACUUCAUAAAGUGCACAACCGAUACGGUGUUCAGCAAUGACUGCAAAUUAUUAGUCGAACUGUACAAAAACAUGAAGACAGUACGGAAAUACGUCAUUCACCUGCUCAACGAAGAACACAGAGCCAGUUGUGACAACCCUGACGACCGGCUGAAGAGAAUGUUCUUCGGCAUAGAGCGCCAAACCCAGUGCAACCAAUUCCAAGCAGUCAAAAAAUCCGUGCUCUGCGGCGUCACCUUCCACAAGCUACUAUCUUCACCUUCACGGACUAACUUGUCUUUCUCACCGGAUAUCACUACAGCGCUGUCGAAUUACAGUGCCGUAUGCCCGUUGGUCAAGGAGCUACAGUUUUGCUUGUAUGCUUCCACGCACGACACGGGCUGCUCCGAGGAGAUGAUGCUGAACGCCGAAAUAGCUGUGCUAAAGAAGCAUCUCCUGAAAGAAUACGAGGACGUCUGCGGCGCCAUGCCCCUUAUAGCCACCAAUGAGACGUGGCUGCGUAGACCAGUGUGCGAAAUGAAGGAGUUCACUCAGCAAUGGGACUCCUGUGACGCUGACAUGCAAUCUGGCAUACAGAUGCACUACAAAAAUUCAACCAAGAAGUGGAGCGAUAGCCUGAGCAACAUGUUCGCGGAACGCCACAUAUGCAAAGACCUACGCAAAUACGGCAGAUGUUUGAAGGAUUCGGCGGGUGAACACCACUGCACCGAAAUGACUCCGCAGAUAAAAGACCUCGGGGGCGAGUUAUACAACAGGCUGCAACUAAAGUACUGUUCGGGGUGCUCUUACAUCGCGGCAAAUGGUCUUCUCGUCAAGCUUUUGUUUGCAGCAAUGAUUUGCGCACGCGUCAUUCUGUGAUAUUUUCAAAUAUCCUAACAAAAUUAUUUUUUAAGGUAUCGCAGUGAUAGAGGAAUAAACACUGUGACCUGUAAGCAACACGA